GCAGAGUAGGUCUUCUCAGAUAGUCUGUGUACUGGAUGGUCUGGAUGAAUGCGAACAGGGAUCACUCAGGCAGCUUCUCGAUGCCGUUGGGAAUUAUUUGUCGAACUCUCGGAAAGCUGCAAGGCCACGGCUGAAGCUCAUUCUUCUCUCCCGACCCCAGCCAGCUAUUUUGGAGAACAGAGUUAGCCAGUAUCUGCAGAUCAAGUUGGAUGACUCUAAUAGAGAGAUCUCGCGUGAUGUCGAGAGAUACAUCUUCGCGAAAGUUAACGAACUGACAUCCGAGCAAAACCUUUCAAGAGCAAUGGUCGCGCAGGUUCAGCAGGCCUUGUUGGCUGGCGCUGAUGGUACAUUUUCGUGGGUUGGAUUUGUUGCCAAUGAGCUCCAGGGUAGGAGUUGGCACAAGAUCAAUGAAAUCAUCGAUCGUGUUCCUAAAGGCCUUGGUGGGGUCUAUCAGCGGCUACUUCAACAAAUUGACGACAAGGAAGGGCUAGUCUCCAUUCUUCAAUGGAUCGUUCUCGCUGCCCGACCCCUCACAGUGGAUGAAUUAACAGCGGCGACAGGGAUCAAAGCAUCUGGUACCCUCACGGCAGCUGAAGUGACCAGGAUUCGGCUCAGACUCUGCGGGGCACUUGUGAAAAUUGAAGGAGAUGUAGUCAACCUGGUCCACGAAUCAGCGAAGGAGUUCUUUCAGAGCGACCAAGUCAACAUCAGAGGGAUCAGCAUGUUUCACAUGAACCAAAUUACCCACAGAUCUCUUAUGCAGGCCUGCCUAGCACACAUCGAACGUAACUACGGAUCUCCGAGAAAGAUUGGCGAGAGAUACAGCCACGGAUCCCUCUUGCCUUAUGCCAUUCAAUAUUGGCCGGUGCAUUUCCAUCACGCCUUUGAUGUGAUUGAUACACCUUCAGAGUUCUCACGUCCAUUCUUCAAGGUCAAUUCUCUAAUCCGGGAUGAUUGGUGGAAAGAUUAUUGGGAGCAGGAGAAGAACGGCGGAAACGCGCCCUCGUUCACGCUCUUGCAUCUUGCUGCGUACCUUGGCAAUGUAGCAUGGGCCAAAUUGUUGAUCAGCGAGCAUAUCCAUCUCAUUUCGCGAAAGGACAACUACGGCCGGACGCCGCUUUCCUGGGCCGUUAACCAAGGUCACCGAGACAUGGUGGAAUUGUUGGUUGACCAUGGUGCUCGUGUCAAUGUGAAAGAUCGAAGCAGGUUGACGGCACUUCAUAUCGCGGCCACUGGACAGCAUAAAGACAUUAUGUCUGUGCUGCUCAACCAAGGGGCCCGUCUCGAGAGCAAGACUGAGCAUGGCGACACACCACUGAUUCGAGCCAUUCAGGCAAAUUCGAGGGAAAUCAUCCAACUAUUACUUGAACACGGGGCGCGUGUGGACAAAUUGCCAAUCCCCCCAGGAGUCACUUGCCUGAGAAGACAUUCCGACCCAAUGAAUGAGCGGGUGGAUGAGCUACUGGGUCUUCAAGAACAGAUCUUUAUCGCACGAUACCAGCAGGCGUCGCGGGAGGUUAACAUGGUCAUGAAGGUCCUCAGGCUUUCCUUCCGCUUUCCCAUCAUUCUUCGAAUGGUAAUAUUCUAUAUAAAAUAUGUGGCAUUGGACCGCUGGGAGAACAUGUCUGUCCUGCAGGAACUCGCUAAGAAGAACAAAAUGAACGAAUUGCGACAAUGGGCGGAAGUGUAUCGCGAGUUCUUCGUCCAGUUGGUAGUUUCUAGGAACUAUAGAGGUCUGACGGCCAUGACAGACCUGCCGACGCAACUGUUUCGGGUGGUCGCUCCUGGAGAUCUUCAAGCACUGCUGGUAAUCGCAGUUCUCGUCGGCUCGGAAACCAAACUCGCAGCUGUCCGACACGGAUGGAGAGAAGGAGAUGCUAUCACAGCCAGAGCAUUUUCACAUUGGGCCGCCAUAGCCUACAACAGAGAGGUAGAAGAGUUCUUACACUACGGCGUUCGCGACUUUUUAAACGAUUUUGACGCUUCUAUUCAAAGUGGUAAUCGGGAAGAGAACGUGGCUCGGACGGUGGUACUCCUGACAUCGCACUUUUCUAUACUUGAAAAUGAGGAACCACGGCCAAUCGAGUACUUCUCCAGGGUCGUCGCAGAAUUCUACGAAGGAUACAUCGGCGGCAGCCACGAGGUUGAAUUGUUCAAUGAUGGAAAUCAGGCAUGCGCGAAUGAGCUAAUCCUCGUCUGUUCCAGUUUCUUCUACGCCACCUUCCACGGAUCAUGCAGCUUCAAGGAAACCAACACACUCGCCAACGCCUACACACAAAAUGAAUGA